AUGAGGUCCUUUUAUGAUAAGUACGGGGUGGAUGGCAUCAGCAUGGCUGAUGGUGUUGUGGUCAAGCAGGAUGAGACCUUGGCUAAUCUUGAGCGACGAGUAAGGGCCAUGAUGAGGGGUAAUGAGGAAAUGAAGGUUCAUAGGAUGUUCAACCUGCAAGGUGAUAUGACUACUGGCCUCAAGUUCAGGGACUGGCAGGAGGCCCCACGGCACAACUUCACAGUGGUCACUGCGAGCAAUGUCCAAGCCAAUGGAGGAGGAGUUGGGAAAAUGACGUAUUUUUGGCAGACCGGGUGGACCCCCUAUAUGCAGAGCCGUGUGAUGAUUGACACUGUAGCGGGGCAGUGGUGGCCACCCGCCGUGGAAGCGGUCAUUACUCGGCAAGUUGGUCAACAUUCUACUGUGAGGCAGACAGUCUCUUGGACACAGACGGGUGGUGUGGGCGCGGCCAUGACCUGGGGCCUGCAGCUUUUCAAGGACUGGGCUGGCAGUGUCACACUGGCUGUUGGCAAUGGCAACCACGCGGCGUUCGAGGUUGAGAAGGCCAACUCGAAGGUGGGGAGUGAGGAGGACCUUGCCAGGAUGAGGGUAUGGGAUCGCUGCACUAUGAAGUAUACUUUUACUAUCGAGGGAGAGGGCAACAUCGCCGUUGAGGCCAAGACCGUACUCCCCUUCAGUGGCGGCUUUGAGGUCUCCUGUGGUCCCACAAUGUCUCUGUCAGCUGGUGCAGGUAUUGAGCUCAGGUGCUCUCAGCGGCUGAACGGGGCAGAGAGUUUGACCGACUGGGAGGAGCUCGAUGGGGUCUUUCCGACGCUUAUCCAGUGGUCGCUGAUGCUCCGAUGGCCCAACUUCGACUCGGCUGUAUUGAAGUUCCGCUUUACUCGAGGCGGCGCUGCCUUCACUAUUCCGCUGGAGUUCUCCGUGCCGGGGGAUAAUACGGCUGUUGCUGUGGCAAGCAGUGUGUUUUUGGCAGCUCCACUUGCAGUGAAAGUUGUGCGAGAGACGGUACGAAGGCUGAGAAAAAAUUGA